AUGCAUGCAAUUAAGAGCAAUUUACUAAUCAUUUUUAAAUCUUCAAGUGGAUAUAUAUUUGGUGGAUAUUCUCCUUGUUCAUGGCAUUAAAGUAAAGGAUUUGUUUAAGAUGAUACAUUAUCAUCUUUUUUAUUCUCAUAGACUCAUAAUUAAAUUUAUCCGUUGAAAUAAGAUAAAAAAUAAUAUGCUAUAUGGUGUGGUUAGAGCUAUGGACCUUGUUUUGGUAAUAAUGGUAAUGGUUAGCACGAUAUAGUCGUUUGUGAUGAUUUUCAAAGAGGAUAUUCUCUAUUGGGAAGCGCAUAUUUAUGGGAUAAAUAUGAGGAUAAGAGAUCAUCUCAUUUAUAUGGAUAAGAAUCUCCGAAUCUUACUGAAUGUGAAAUAUUUGAAUUACAAUUUUCAUGA